CUUGUUUCCUAAAGUGCGUUGAAGAAAGAAGUGCAUUGUAUAAUAAUAUUUUUAUUUGGGUGAUAACACUGCGAUAACUGAUACUCAAAAAUAAAACACAUCAACAUACUCAUCGUUCCAGCUCCACAGUUUCACUCAGAAUCUAAAACAAUAUUAUGUUCAGAUUUAUUUAAGUUUUUCAAUCAUGCCAAAAAAUCAACAAACCCAACAAAUAUUGAAUGAUACUAGAGAUGAUUCGUCUUCGUCUCGGRUCGUUAUGCCGUUUGGAUCAGACGAGGAAUGCGACUUAACAUCAGAUGACUUAACGUCCGGCGAUGAAGAUGUGUUGACGGUAAAUCAAUUGACUGGGAUCCGACGAUUCCCAGUGCCAGAUUCCCGAAAACCAUGUACUGUAACCAAUUCUCGGGAACGCUGGCGCCAACACAACGUUACCGGUGCCUUUGCAGAACUUCGUAAAUUGGUACCCACUCACCCACACGAUAAGAAAUUAUCGAAGAAUGAAAUUUUAAGAAUGGCUAUCAAGUAUAUUCGUCUAUUGAGUGGUGUUCUCGAAUGGCAAGAGAACCAACAAGAUUUCAGCAAUAAUAAUGAAGACUGCAUGGACAAUAAUGUGUAUAUAUAAAUUUAUAAUUAUAAUUUGUAUGGCAGAAGAAAAUAUUAAAUUAUUGUAAAAGGUAUAUUAAUCGUAAUAAUAAUACGACACAAUAUCGGUAACUUAAAUACGCCCUGCCUUAAAGAUACACAGAAAUAAGAUUCCAUGCCACCAUGUAAGUACUUACGUACUAUGUAUAAUUUAUUAAUAUGUUUUAUAAAAUAUGCAAUAUUUAAGUUUAAUACUUAUAGGUCCUAGCCCCUAAGUAUUCUUAUAUAAAUUAUGACCAUUAUAACAUAAUACAUUUGUUACAUUAACUCAAAAUUCCACCUAAUAUCUAUUUUUAAGAUUAAUUUAUUAAU